UGACCCAAGCUAACGUCUCAGUUUUCAUGGCCGUGCGGACGCCACCUUGCGCUGCGCAGAGGUACAGGCUGUGUCGCCGCGCUCAGCGCCGUGCUCACAGCCUCCCGCAGCUCUCGGAUGACCCGCAGGGCCGUCCCGCGCGUCCCGCGGCGGAGCGAGGGGCAGCGCCACGCUGCCCGGAAGUGCGGUCUGUUUGACCAAGCUGUUUGCCAAGCCGGGUUGUCGCGGUCGGGCUGCUGGGUGUGGACGUGUCCGCCGCGCGUUUCCAAGCCGGAACCUCUUCCCUCUCCUCCCGCGCCGCGAGCGUCCCCGGGCGCCCGCCGCCGAGCAGCGGAUCAGCCGCUCCCAGCCGGUCUUCGCCGCGCGGGAGGGAGUGGGACGGGGCAGCAGGAUAUCCAGCUGGAGCUGGUGUGUGUAGCUGAGGAAAGCAAACACGCACAGGGGAGGCCGGAAGAGGAAGCGAGUCUCAGCUGGCGGACAGGAGGCUGUCAGGAGCACAGGACCGGGAUCUGAUUUCUUGUGGGACUGAGGAGCCUGAGUGUCCCAGAGACGUGACCUGGGGAAUUAAGUGUCGGCGUCUGCAGAAGUGAAGGAGGUUGAGGCUCAGGACCUGUAAGCACCCUGGCUCCCUGCUGUGUUACUUAGCCAAACCUCUAGACUCCCCAAGUUGACACAAUGUAUCAACCAUAACACUUGGCCAUGGUCAGAAGGUGGCAAGUGGUGAGUAAGGCUGGAGCCCAGACCUCCUGAGGUGGCACCUUCUCUGUCCCACCCUGCUGUGUCCCUGGUCACCAACACUGAGCACAUUAAACUGACAAGCGAGCGUUUGCUCAUGAGCAAGGUGCAGAGGUCACUUAGCGCGUCCGAGGUGCAGAUCUGGGAAGCGGAAGUGGAAGAGGAUGACAUGAGGGAAGGCGAUCUGGGGUAUGGCUGCGGACGGAGCCCCGGCAGCCUCAGUAAGCUGGAAGUCUCACAUCCACUUACAUCUAGACGAUCAGACGGAAGGAACUGCAGUCUUCCUCCACUUCCAAGAGCCGGAGAAGAAAGCAGAGGGGCUGUUUCCCAGUGUUCCGUGCACACGAGCCUGCAAACCACCUGCCCUCAGAGGCCCAGAGUGGGCAGCUGCAGCCACGAAGGGAAGCCUGUUUCUCUCCCCUUAAUAGAUUCUAAUUCAGAAAUGUCGAAUGAAGAACUAAGGCAACAUCUUCAAGAAACCUUAGAGGAAGUAGAAAUUUUAAAAACUGAACUUGAAGCAUCUCAAAGACAACUUGAAGGGAAAGAAGCAGCACUGAAAAUUCUUCAAAGCAUGGCAGUACUUGGCAAAGCCACAAGUCACACGCAGGCGGUGCUUCAGAAAACUGUGGAGCAAAAGAGAUUGUUGGAGAAGGAAAUAAAUGCCUUGCAGUGGGAAAUCGAAUUUGAUCAGAAUAGAUUUAAAAACAUAGAGGAAUCUUGGACUCAGAAAUAUGACAGACUACACUGUGAAAAUGCAGUUCUCAAAGAGAAUCUGAGACUGAAAACAGAAGAAAUUAGGAUGCUGAAGUCUGAAAAUGGAGCUUUGAACCAGCAGUACUUGGAAGUGCUUGCCAUGCUGGACGUCACACAGCAGAAGGAGGCUCAGGACAGCAGGUCUCGGGAGGAUCACGGCUGCGCGGAGGUGUCCGGGCUGGAGCUCGCAGUGCUUGGAGCCUGCUCCUGCCGCAGUCCCCGAGGGAGUCCCUGUCCCUGCGCCAGGACGGCGGCAUCUGCUCGGAAACUGGUUCUUCAGCUCAGACGCGAGCUAGAACUUUUGCAGAAGAGCAAAGAAGAAGCUUACAUCAUGGCUGAUGCGUUCCGAAUUGCAUUUGAGCGACAGUUAAUGAGGAAAAAUGACCAGGCCCUGAGAUUGACACAAAUGGAGGAAAUAUGUAAAAAAGCGAAAAAACGGAUCAGUUGGACGGCUCUUACAGAGGACGUUUCAGGACAUCAACCUCGAAGGAAUAAGAAGACAUUAGGGCAGAAACUGCUGGGCCUGCUGCCUUCAGAAAACAGUUCUCAGAGGACUGAAGACCAGACUAAUCCUCAAGAAGUGUUUUGGACGCUUGUCGAUUUGUUAAAUGAUAAAGAAGAAGCGCUGGCACAUCAGAGAAAGGUUAGUUACAUGCUUGCUCGGGCCCUGGAAGACAAAGACACCGCCUCAAAAGAGAAUAAAGACAACAGCCCUCUGAAGGAGACCUUUCCAUUCAAAAAGCCCUGGCAUAAAUCUUCAGAAUUCUCUGUUUUGUGUGAUCCUGUGCAUUUAGGCAUCCGGACGUUUAGUUCUGUGGGUUGUGCUUGUUCUGUCCAACAGACAGAUCCCAACCACACAAGAACUCUUAGAAGAUCCUGUUCUUUGCCAUCAAGUAUCACAUUUUGAAGAUGCACCCACCGCUUGAGAUCAGAACUGAGAGCUUUUUACUUCAGGAGACUCUGGGGCCAGGGUCAGAGCUCCAGGGCACAGUGCUCACCUAGCGUGUGCCAGGCCUGGGUCCCGUCUCCAGCACCGGAAGAGACUUGGAAAGAGGACCAUGUGAAUGUUGAUGCAUCUUGAGAAGCUGUGUGUUUUCCAGGUUUUUUUAAUUUUAGGAGGCAGUUUAUUCAAGCUUUUUCUACAUUUUCUACAAAAAAUUUAUCAGAGUUCUGUGUUGUCGUUUUAUUUAUAAAUUACAUUGUUGUAUUUUGCGAAGUUUUCAGUGUUUGCCAUCAGCUUAUCUGCAAAUUAUUUUGGGGCAAAUGAAAGUAUGUAAUUCCAUAAAAGUAAUUAUACCUAUUAAUAAAAACAUUAAUAGCAUUUAAUACUCA